UGAACACUCAAAAUUUAAUAAAAAUUAUUCUUUAUUAAUGGUUUAACCACAUUAGUGACUAAUUCAACAGUUGCUUUUUAAAGGACAUUAAAGAUCCAGAACUGAAUAAAAAUGAACAAAAGCAAUAAGAAGUACAGUAAUUUUGAGAGUCAACAUGAAGAUGAUGUUUUCUGGAGAAAUAGCUGUAAAUCAUUGCCAACAAUCAAUGAAGACAAUGAAUCGCUAUUAUUUGAUGAUCAUUCAUCAUCUGAUUCAUCGUAUAAGGAAGUCCAGGAUUCAGUGAAACUUCCAGAAGCAGAAAAAGACUACACAGGCAAUCAAGUGCUUUCAGAUUCCGAUACUGCUGAAAAUUUUGAAAAUGAGUUCCAGAAAAACGUUGAACAACGAUUUCCCGACAUUAAAAAUGACUUUGAUGAUAAUGACUCAAUGCCAGGAACUUCCAAUUCUAAUUUCGGUUCACUGGAUGGCUUAUCCUCAUGCGAUGAAUCUGUCAAGAUAGAUCCAGAAGAUGUGGAAAAUCUGAAAGACGAUGACAAUGAAUCGAUGAAUUCUAUAGACAAAUUCAUAUCAUCACUGCCAAUAGACGAUGAAAUUUUCUUUUCUCAUCUGCCUUCAAUUAAUCGAGAUCCAACAGCGGCAGUUCCAUUACAAAACAUAGAAAAGGACUUUGAGGAUAAAUUGGUGUACAUUUCGGAGAUUUUUGAUCCAGCUCAUUUCUGGUUUCAAUUUGUAAUUGGAGAUGAAAGGUACGAAAACUUUGAUAAACUUCAUACGAGACUCAACGAUGAUUACGACAAAUUAAAGAAACGUGAAUUAAUGAUAGCUGAUAAUAAUUUUCAAGAAGGACUAAUUGUUGCUGCUUUUGUUGAUGAAUUUAAGAAGUGGUUCCGUGCACGAAUCACCCAUAAAUAUAAUGGGGAAAAGAAGUUCAUUCGAUUAUUUUUCAUCGACUAUGGAACAAACGGAACUUGCCCGAAGUCAAAUAUUCGAUACCUCUUCAGUUAUUUCAUGAAAUAUCCAAAAUAUUGUUUUCGAGGUCGUCUUUAUGGAAUCGUUCCAAUUGAUAACAAAAGAAGCUUUGACAUCAGUCAUAUUGAACAUUUCCUCAAGAAAAUUUCAAACUACACAACAUAUGCAACAGCAGUUAAGUAUGAGGAAGAAGAAGAUGUCUAUCAAUUGAAAAUAAUACGCCGGAAAGGCUGUAUCGAUAUGUCUGAAUAUGUUAUAGAAAAUAAGCUUGGACAAGGAAUGUUUCCAUGGGAUAAUGACGGUGAAUUUUCAAUUGGACCGCCUUGUUACUUAAUUCCAACAUUCUCAAAUCUAGAAUACAAUCAUCCGACAUUCGCUCAAAUUGAAACCAUGAAAAAGAACGAUAUUGACUUCAAUGUAUUGAUCGAUAACAAUCAUCUUCACAUUCUACGACGCAAGGACAUUGAAAACAAUAUUGAUUUAGCAACAAUCGUAAACUAUUCUCAAUUUUCAGCUUUAAGGAAAUAUUUUUUCAGACAUAAUUAAAUUAUUGACGGUAAGAAGGGAAAUUUUGGAGAUUUUUAAUGAUUUUUCUUUUACAAUUAAUUAAUAAAAUGAUAAGUUUAGACAAAAGAUCAG